AUGGGCGCCCUCAAGUACGUCGAGGAAUUGCAAAAGAAGAAGCAGUCGGAUGUCCUCCGCUUCCUUCUCCGUGUCCGAUGCUGGGAGCUCCGACAAUUGAAUGUCAUCCACCGUGCUUCGCGCCCUUCUCGCCCUGAUAAGGCUCGCCGUCUUGGUUACAAGGCCAAGCAGGGCUAUGUCAUCUAUCGUGUCCGUGUUCGCCGUGGAGGUCGCAAGAAGCCAGUGCCAAAGGGUGCUACUUACGGCAAACCUACCAACCAGGGUGUUAACCAGCUCAAGUACCAACGAUCCCUCAAGUCAACUGCUGAAGAGCGUGUUGGACGUCGUUGCGCCAACUUGCGCGUCCUGAACUCGUACUGGAUUAACCAAGACUCCACCUACAAGUACUUCGAGAUCAUUCUCGUCGAUCCUCAACAUAAGGCCAUCCGUCGUGAUGCUCGCAUCAACUGGAUCGUCAACCCAGUCCACAAGCACCGUGAAUCUCGUGGUCUGACUGCCACUGGCAAGAAGUCUCGUGGUUUGGGCAAGGGUCACGGAUACAACAAGACGACUGCUGGCCGAAGAAAGACCUGGAAGAGACACAACACCCUCAACCUCCAAAGAUACAGAUAG